AAUGAUAGCGUUGACAAUUAUUGAAGAGGAUUCGUACGAGAAGGACGCUCUUUUUUAUGUCGAACUUGAACCGCCAAUGCUGCAAGGAGCCGAGGCAGGAUUGGCUGCAGCUGCGGAAAUGAAGCCACCGGAAGAGCGUACGGAAGAAGAAAAGAUGGCGUUAAGAGGGAGACCGCAAUUGGGUGAUAUAUAUCGAGCACAAGUUCGAAUUAAGGAAUCCAAGGAAUUUAAAAAUACAGUCGACAAACUCGUCCAAAGGGCAAAUGCGUCAAUUAUAUUAGGAACGAGUUCGUGGAGAGAGCAAUUUACGGAAGCAUUGACUGUGAGUGGAGGCGAUGACAACGGCGAAGGUGGUGAAGGUUCUUCGACACCAUCAACCGCUGACUACCUCAUGCACUCACUCACUAUCUUCUGGAAAGUUCUAUUCGCAUUUGUUCCACCAACCGAUAUUGCUGGUGGAUACCUCUGUUUUUUUGUGAGCAUAAUUGGCAUUGGAAUAGUAACGGCAAUUAUUGGGGACAUAGCAUCUUAUUUUGGAUGCACCUUGGGUAUUAAAGAUUCAGUCACUGCCAUUGUAUUUGUGGCGCUCGGUACCAGUAUUCCUGACACGUUUGCGAGCAAAGCGGCUGCUUGCCAGGACAAAUACGCGGACGCAAGUGUCGGCAACGUGACCGGAAGUAACGCGGUGAACGUCUUCCUGGGAAUUGGCGUCGCAUGGAGCAUAGCUGCUAUUUACCAUGCCUUCCACGGGCAACCAUUCAAGGUCGAAACCGGAAAUUUGGCCUUUUCCGUGACAUUGUUCUGCUCGGAAGCCUGUCUAGUGAUAGUGGUUCUGAUGCUGAGAAGAUCGAAAGCCAUCGGUGGUGAAUUGGGUGGACCAAUGGUACCGAGAAUUAUCACUUCCAUGUUUCUGUUUUCCUUAUGGCUGUUCUACCUCGUGAUGUCUACUCUCGAGGCCUACGGCGUUAUCAAGGGCUUCUAAAUUGCCGCAAUUUUUAUUCAAUUUUUUUCUUUUCUUUUUUUUGUCUCCUUUUUUUAUUAAUUUCCAAUUAUAAAUAAUAAUGUAUGGCCUAUCACCACCGAUGUCAACAAACGCAUAAAAUUAUUCUUUGUGCUCAAGAAAUACACUUCUCCAAGACAGAAUGGUGCAUGGAAUUAACAAGAAUGAGAGAUUCAUCAGUUGAUCAGCAUUUGCGACCCAUCGAAUUUAUUUAAACAAAACAAAAAAAAACGAGAGAGAGAAAGAUAAAGUGUGACUUUUAGCGGCGAUCUUAGGGAUUCAAUUUAAAUAAAUAAAUAAAGAAAAUAGAAACAAAAAUCGAAUUUUAGAUCAGAGAAGAAAAUAAUGUACGUUUUUGUGUAUAAAUUUUCGCCUCAAAGAAACAUUAUUAUUAGUAAAAAUAAAUUACGGAGUUUAAGUAUAAAGAAAAAUGUAAUAAAAAAAAAGUAUUAGACGAUAAUAGUUAUUUUUUGCACAUUCAGUUGUAAUAUACAUAUAUAAAUAUAUAAAUAAUAGAUAUAAAAAAAAAUUUUUGACAGCGUCGUCAAACUUCUCGUUUACAAAACGAAUUUAGAUAAUAAGUUUUCAUGAAUCGAGAGAGAGAAAGAAAGCGUAGGUAAUUAAUAAUUUUUAUUUUUAAUUAAAAUUCAAUGACAUGAAUAGAAAGAAAGAAAAAAAAGCGAAUGGAAUUUAUUGUAAUAAUAUAGGGAGAUGAGAAUAUCUUCUUUUUGUUUUUUUUUUGCAUUUUGCGAUUAAUAAUUUUUCUUCCUUCAAAACAUCGACCAUUGAUCGAAUGUAUAUUAACAUUUUUCAGGGUUUUUAUCACUGCCUUCGAUCAUUGGACGUAAAUUGUAUGAAAAUAUUUUCUUUUUAAUAUUUUCAUUAUAAAAUUUAGAAUUUUACUUUACAAUCUUUUUUUAAUAAAAUAAUUUUUUUUUUUUUUGAAUAUUGUAAACAAUAGAGUUUAAAAUAUUUAAUUCCCGCAAUUAUACAUAUGAAAAUCUAUAAAUUGUGGAUUUAAAUUAAUUCCUUUGAAGAGGAUUUUCGAUUUUUUUGUCGAAAAUAAUUUUAAUAAUAUAAAUAAUUUAUGGACGAGAUUAUAUUUAUUAUAAACUCAGAUAUGUAAUUAGCGAAUACUCAUUACUUAAUUUAUUUAUAAAAAAUUACGAAAAUUUAUAGUGUAUCCUUAUCAAAAUUGUUUAUUUUUUAUUUCGAUUGUAUACUAAUUAUUUAAAUAAUUAUCCGUUUUUACUUAUUA